CAAGUGCCGACCCAAAAAUUUUUCCAAUUAAUUAUACUCAGUCUUCCCCCCAUCUGCAAGAAAAAAGAGCCUGCAGCUCUUGCUUCUCAGUUUCUACUUGCGAUUUCAAUCGAAAAUUUAAUUUUUGAUCUAGGGUUUUUUUUCUUCUUCGUCUUCGAAUUAGGGCUCGCGGUUUCCGAUUUGUGUAAAAAGGUAUGAAUUAUAGGAAUCUGGAGGAGUUCUGGGCGUUCUACGUGAGCCAGCACUCGAAGCCGUUAACACGUCGGUGGCACUUCAUGGGCACGCUCUCCGGCAUCCUAUGCUUUCUGUUCGCAGCCAUCUCUGGCUGGUGGGCCCUCGUAUUGGCCGCACCGCUUCUAGCUUACGGGAUGGCGUGGUACAGCCAUUUCUUUGUCGAGGGCAACCCACCGGCAACCUUCGGCUACCCCUUCUGGUCUCUCCUCUGCGAUUUCAGGAUGUUCGGCCUCAUGCUCACUGGGAGCAUGGAUAGGGAGAUCAAGCGACUGGGAAAGCGCCCCGUUCUCCAGGAUUACAGCUGCAAGAUGCAGGAGAGCUAAAUGCAGAGACUGAUUUCAGGUUCAGAUUACUGCCUUUGGGUUUCUCCAUCUUGAUGAAGCCUGACCCGGUCUACAGAAACAAAGAUGCAACAGAUUAGGAGGAUGAGGAAUUACUUGAUAGUAGGCACAAGAACAAACAAAUAACUCCUGGGGUGAGUCCGGGAUUUUAGAUUUGAGAAGAGUGAUAGGAAAAUGCUUCUCAUACUAUUCGGAUGACGAACAGUGGCAAAUUUGACAACUUUUUUUAGUAGGAACACUAUAAAAAACACAGGGUUUAUUAUCUUAAACUCUAUAUUUUAUUACAUCAAUUACUAGUUGAUUAUGACAUUUAUGAAUUUGCAUUUUCUCUCUCUA